UUCGCCCAGCUUGUCCUGAGGCAAAAUGGCCGCUAUAGUUUCAUCGAUAUAAUUUUGCUUUAAAACUGUAUGCUCAUGUAGACGAUUAGAGACACAAUGUACAGACAGCGAGGUGUGCAGAUCGCGCCUGUAUUUCCCUCUUGGCACAAUCACUUUUUAACGCGGCGCCCCCGUCUGGGGAUUGGAGCUGUGUCUUGUCAGUAAAUUAGCCCACCCUCUGAAUAUUAAAGUGCACUACUGGGGGGGAAACUGAGCCAGACAGCGAGACGGUGACGAAAAAAAUAACCAGUCACCAGACAAGGACGCGACAAGAGCGAGCUCGAGUCACCACUGCGUGUUGAAACUUGCAGUGAUGGAGGGGGAAAUGCAACCUGCCGACGAGGGUCUCUGCGCCCCAAAGAUGUGCAGUCAGCAGCGGGGUCCAUACAGCAGCCUCAAGACCUUCCCAAACAAGCGGUUGGUGGGGAAGGCGCGGUUCGACAGACCCACAAUGGUCGAUAUCCCGCUGCUGGGAGACGGAGGCGGUCAUCACUACAAUCAUAAUCUCAAUCACCACCAUCCGUAUCAACAACAGUAUCAGCAACAGCGGCAGCAGCUCCACCAAACCUCCCUCACCAUCAGCAGCAGCAGCCAGUAUCUCGCGACACCGCAGCUGCAGCAGCAACAGCGUUUUCCAUGCGAUAACAGGCCCAGCAGUAGAGCCGCGACAUCUACCUCAGCAACAGUGGGGAGUGUGGCGGCAGCAUCACUUGGCUUCCAGGGGAGGGUCGGCAGCGGCACCGCGGUGCGCCAGGACCCCACGUAUUCGCCUGGAAAAGCCGCGCUCAACCACGAAUCUCCCGACUGCACUUACGGGAUAAGCUCAGAAAACCGUCUCAUCUUGGAUGCCUUCGCACAGCAGUGUAGCCGGGUCCUCACUCUUCUCAACAACAACGGCCGGUUUGUGGAGCCUCAAGCUCCUCUGCCCUCCUCCCACAUCAAYCAGGAGGACAGCUGCCUCUCUGGACCUGGGGGGGAGUCAAGGCCAGRCGCGGGUCAGGGGGGUCAUUACCCCACCCUGGGCACGCCACGUCUUGACGAGAGCGCCACCGUCGACCCUGAUGACGAAGCCCAGCACAGCCACUGGAGCCAACAACAAACAUCCGCCUUCCUGCGCAUCUUCACUGAGUCCCUCCAGAGCUAUCUGCUCACCGGGAACCAGCAGCCAGGCCCGGGCCUCGAGGGAGAGCGAUGCCCACCAGCUGAGCCCGAGUCUGGGGGGUCGCCGGGCCACAACCUGGGGGGCUGGAACUCCCCGGCCCCCUCGGAUUCGUAUGGCCACCCCUCGUCCACCCUGCCGGAGGAGGAAGAGGAGGAGGAGGAGGAGAGCUGCUGCCCUCGCUGUGUGGAGCUGGAGCAGGAGGUGCUGUGUCUGCAGCAGGAGAACGAAGAGCUGCGCAACAAGAUGGACAACAUACCAGCUCCCUGCCAGAAUGUGCUGGACUUCUUCAAGACUGUUCUCCAGCACCAUGACCAGUUUAUACAGCCCAUGGCAGAGGAACAACUAACAGAGGGCAGUAAACAGCUCCUGGGGAACUACCCCCUCUUCAUCACCAACAAGCAGUGGGACGAYGCAGUCAACUCGUCCAAGAAAGAUGGCCGGCGGCUGCUGCGCUACCUGAUCCGCUUCGUCUUCACUACGGACGAGCUCAAGUACUCGUGCGGCCUGGGCAAGAGGAAACGCUCAGUUCACUCAGGAGAGCCUGGGCCGGAGAGACGGCCCCUCAACCCCGUCAAAGUCACCUGCCUCAGAGAGUUUAUCCGAAUGCACUGUGCCUCUAACCCUGACUGGUGGAUGCCUUCUGAGGAGCAGAUCAACAAGGUGUUCAGCGACGCGGUGGGCCAUGCGCGCCAGGGUCGGGCCGUGGGCACCUUCCUGGGCAGCAGUGGCAGUAGCACUAGCAGUCUUUACAUGGAGGCUUACGACGGGCCCCUGUCACAGGAUGAAGUGUACCUGAAGGGCUCACACAAUGGCCUGGGGGAUUGAAAGGAGAAGGAAUGAAGCCUUGGUCAGGAUUCAAUCCAAGGUGCGUUAUUGAGAAGCACACUAGACAGCCGACAGUGCGCCUUUUUAAAGGCAAUUUCACAGAGAUCGCAUUCAUGGUGAACGCUGCAAAUGUUGGCUCAAGCGUAAAUUACCUUUAAAAGYCGCAUUGUUGGCUGUCUUGGGCGCUGCUUUACAACGCGACUUGGAUUUAAUCCUGGCCACUGUCUUCUAACAUGUGGCGUCACUCCUACGCGAUGUUAGUCCCUCAACCGAGGUGGUGAUACUGCUGAUUUGUCACCACAGAUGGUUUGUUUACAUAGCAGGUUAGGAUAAUUAGCGUGGCAGGUUAGGAUAAUUAGCGUGGCAGGUUAGGAUAAUUAGCGUGGUAGGUUAGGAAAAGGGUUAGAGUUAGUCUUCGCUACAAUGCUAGUUGUCAACAACUGUUGUCCCCGACACGCCCACUAGAUGGCGAUGUAGGCCUACUCCAUCUKGCCACAACAGUAGAAACCUAAACAGACCAUCUGUGGUGACAAGUCAUCAGUAUCAUAACACUGGUUCAGACGAAACUAACGCUAUCUGACGUAAGACAAUGAGGAUGAGAAUGGUAGAACUGUAGGCCGAACCAACUGGUACUAACCUGCUCUUCUUCCGUAAUGCUACAGAGCAGGGCAGGAAAAUAACAUUCAAACAACAUUCAAGAGGAAGUAGUCUCCCCGUUCAACAUUCUAAAACAGCUGUUUUUGGGGCUUAUUUUCUUGGGGGGGUGCAAGGGUGUUUCUGCUCAAAUGUUCCAAUGUUGUAACAUGCAUUUAUUAAGGUACAUGAAAGCAGCAGAAUGUUGUACAAGUCAUGUUCAACUGUUUGUAAAACUACAACGCUAGUUUUCCCUCAGUCUUCCUUCUGCCAUUGCUUUGUGGAAAAUGUUAGAAAAAGGUUACAUACAGUAAUAUAGAAUUUCGCAAACUAAGGGGCCUACAGAAAUCAGUAGGUCUGACUGUAGCUGGGUCAUUUCCAAAUGACAAUUAAGACAAAUCUAGUGUGCAGUUUUUCAAUUAGGAUUAUAACAGUUUCCUUUUGCUAUAGAACAUUGCCAAGAAUAUACUGGAAUGUACUAUACUAUGAUGUACUGAUUGAGAUGGUCAUUAUGAUAUCUGUAAUGAGAAAAUGAAAAUGUGACAUUAUCCUUGUACAGAUAAAUUAUGUUGGCUACUUUAGACAAAACUCCCUCUUGUGUUAUGUUCUGGCUGACGRGCAGACCCACGUGGUACACAACACACUGCGCCCCACUGGUCUAAAGACAGUCUUCAGAAAGUAAGAUUCCGGUUGUCUCAGAGAGCAGCUACAUUGGUUGGUUCUCUGAAACUUUUUCCUGGGGSUUUGAAAAGCCAUCAAUUGUAUCGGAAGGGGGCGGCACCCGGCGGAUGUGUGUGGCUGUGCCMGUGGGUGUUUGGGUACGAAAGACAGAUGAGAACCAACCAGAAAAAGCACCGCCCAUUUCAUUAUUGACACAUCGUGCUGACAACAUCAAACAGCCUCCCUCCCCAGACUCAGAGGCCUGGAUCUUUGGUAUCAGCCAGGCAACUUAUGUUAACCAAAGAUAAUUAAAGUAGACAUGCAGGAUUUGUGCAACUGUACYAUGACUAUUGAUUGAUGGAUUGCCAUUGAUUGUAUUUAAUCGUGAUACAUUUCAAUUCAUUGAUGGUAAAUAUUCAAGAGAUUGGUGGUAGAGACAAACCACAAAAGCCCAGACUAAUUUGAAACUUUGGAAUGAUAACCCCCCCCCCACACACACACACACAUACAGAAAGAAACACUAUAUUUGAAAUGCCUUAAAGGUCCAGUGCAGUCAAAACUAGAUUUCCUGUGUUUGAUAUAUAUUUC